AUGGACGAACCCGACUCUCGAGCCGUCUACUAUGCGAAUAAGCUCUCGCCAUCUCGAGGUCUCGCGAUCAUCAAUCCUCGCCGCUCUCUUCGCAUAGAUGAGACUGGGCCACGCCCUGAAGUGGACGUCGGAGAUGUCGUGUAUCUCUGGGACGGGCAGCUGAUCCGCUUAUUCAACUGCUUGAAGGGAAAGGAGGAACAGCAGGCCAUCGAUCCCGACUGCCACUUCCCAGAUCACUUUGAGGUCAUGAAGUACGCCGACACGAGCUCUUUGACGCAAAUCCAAGUGCAUACCAAAGAAACCUGUCCGGGCCCGUUCUUCUCGGGAGGCAUCACUUCUGUGACUGUCUCUGCUGAAGCCGACGUAGCUUCGCAAGCAGACGCGGGUUUCACUUUCACGGCUCAUCGCGAGAAAGGCGCCGUACUUGUCACUUCGAAGACAGUCAGAACCAGAGAAACUCACCAGAUCCCAUCGUUCAGGAAGUACUUGAUUAGGAACUUUGAGCAUUGGCUCGGGGUCAUCGAACCUCUGGGGUUGGGUCUUCGCGCUCAGGACCUGAUGCUGAUCACUCGGGUCGAUACGACGUCUUCGUGGUCAAACCUCACUUUCUGUGAAGGCUCUCUGCAGGGCGAAUUCAGUCUCGGUAUCACGUCCGCGGUCCCAUUCAAUGUCAAGUCGAAAGCCAAAGUGGAGCGUAGUCGCAUGAGUGCGCCUCUCACGGACUCAGGCCCUGGUUCCGAGGAAAGGGAGAAGAUUGUGACUGUGCACCAACAAGACGGCGAUGAAGCUGUCGUCGGGGACACUCCGGGGAUGGCCAAGAAGGGCGCCAAAAAGAAGAAGAAGAAGGCGAAGCACAAGGCGAAAGGUCUCCAUGACGUUACCGCUGGCUCCCGGUCUGUGGAUGAGGCACUACCCGCAGCCGAGCCCGAACGCUUGAACCAAGUUAUAUUCGUGCGCGGUUUUCGGGGCAAGAAGCGCCGCUUGAUCCGAGACUUGGUCCCCGAGAAGAUAGAGGGAAACGCGGAUCCCACAGAACUCAAAAAGCAUGAUGGACCCCCAGCUGACGAUGACGAUUCUGCGUUGAUUCUGGACGAUAUCGGCGAUACAAACCCAGUAUUUGACGACUUCCUUAUGCCUAUCCUCGACUUUAUUCUUGAGAACGACGACGUAGAUCUAGCUGUCGCUCAUACUGACGAUCAUGCUACAUAUGAGCAACUCUUACCGCACUACCAUCAAUCGAAAGGCCUCGUGAAUUGUUUUCGGCGUGACUCGGUGAACGGGGUCGUGGCUGGUAUCUUGGACUUGCAGGGAGACCACAAAGGAUCGGGGCCUGGUGACGCUGUCGACGACCAAGAUAAGAUCGCCUAUGAGACCAAGGAAGAGCUCCCUGAGCAGGGCCGUCCACUGAGGGAUUUUGAGACCGCGAUAUCGAUGAAUCGCCGCGCGGUCGAGCUCACAGUCGAUGGACACCUCGAGAAAUCGGCCCGGUUGCAUAGCUUUGACGAUUCACUAAAUAGUCGCUUCAAGCGCCUGGACGAGCUCGAGGAUCUAGGGGUUACGAUAUCGACGAGCUGCCGCACCAUUGAGCUCACGCCGGAUGGAGACCCUGGCAAGCCAGUCUUAUUGAGCACCGUCGGUUCCGCCCUUCAAAGCCGGUUCAAGCUCCUCGGAGAGCUCGAGGAUCUGGAGGCCGCGAUAUCAACAAUCCGCUACGCCGUCGAGCUCACGCUGGAAGAAGACCUCGGCAAGGCGGCUCUAUUGAAUAGACUUGGUUAUACCCUUCAAAGUCGAUUCAAACGCCUCGGCAAGCCCGAGGAUCUGGCCGCUGCGAUAUCCACGAUCCGCCGCGCCGUCGAGCUCGCGCCGGAUGGAGACCCCGUCAAACCAACUUUGUUGAACAACCUCACUAUCGCUCUACAAAAUCGAUACAAGCUCCUUGGCGAUUACGAGGAUCUGGAGGCUGCGAUCUCGAUAAAACACCGUGUCGUCGAGCUCACACCGGAUGGAGAUCCCGGCAAAGCGGCUCUUUUGCAUGCCCUCAGUAUUGCUCUACAGAGCCGGUUCGAGCGCUUUGGCGAGCUCGGAGAUCUCAAUGCCGCGAUAUCAACGAGCCACCGCGCCGUAGAGCUCACGCCCGACGGACACCCGGAGAAGCCGGCUUUGUUGAACAGUCUUGGCAACGCUCUACAAAGCCGGUUCGAGCGCGUUGGCAAGCUCGAGGACCUGGACGCCUCAAUAUCAACGAGCCGCCAUGCCGUGAACCUCACGCUCGACGGAGAUCCUGAGCGACCGGCUUUGUUGAACAAUCUCACCAUUGCUCUACACAGUCGAUAUGAGUGCGUUGGCGAGUCCGAGGAUCUGGAGAAUGCGAUUUCGACGACUCGCUACGCCGUCGAGCUCAUACCAGAUGGACACCCUGAGCGGCCGGCUUUAUUGAACAGCCUUGGUAUUGCUCUACAAAGCCGGUUCGAGCGCAUCGGAGAGAUCGAGGAUCUGGAGGCCGCGAUCUCAGCAAGCCGCCUCGCCGUCAAGCUCACAUCGAAUGAACACACCGACAAAGCGGGUCGACUAAACAAUCUCAGUAUCGCUCUACGAAGCCGCUUCGAGCGUGUUGGAGAGCUCGCAGAUCUUGAGGCUGCGGUAUCGACGAGCUACCGCGCCGUUGAACUCACGCCGGAUGAACACCCCGGCAAACCGGCUUUGCUAAACAACCUCGGAAACGCUUUGAGAAGUCGGUACAAACACCUUGGCGAGAGCGGAGAUCUGGAGACCGCGAUAUCAACGAGCCGUCUUGCUGUCGGGCUAACGCCGGUUGGACACCCGAACGGCCCGGCUUUAUUGAAUAACCUCGGUGUCGCUCUACAAAGUCGGUUUCAGCGUUUUGGGGAACACGCAGAUUUUGAGGCAGCGAUCUCGAUGAAAGAACGCGCCGUCGAGCUCACGCCCGAUGGACAUCCCGAGAAACCGGCUCGGUUACAUAGCUUCGGCGACGCACUAUACAACCGCUACAAGCGCCUUGGCGAGCUUCAGGAUCUGAGGACUGCACUUUCGAUGAAACGCCGCGCCGCCGAGCUCACGCCCGAUGGACAUUCCGGCAAACCAGCUCUGUUGAACAGCCUCAGCAACGCUUUACAAAGCCAUUUCGAGCGCAUUGGCGAGCUCGUUGAUCUGGAGGCCGCGAUAGCAGCGAGUCAUAGCGCUGUAGAGCUGACCCCCGAUGGACACCCGGAGAAACCGGCUUUGCUGAUCAGUCUCAGUAAUGCUCUACAAAGCCGGUUCAUGCGUCUUGGCGAGCUCCAAGACCUGGAGGCUGCGAUAUCGCUGCGUCGCCGCGCCGUCGAGCUCACACCCGACGGUCACCCUGCCAAACCGGCUCGGCUACAUAGCUUCGGUGACGCACUACAUAAGCGGUUCGAGCAUCUUGGCGAGCUCCAAGACCUGGAGGCUGCGAUAUCGACGGAUCGCCGCGCCGUCGAGCUCACACCCGACGGUCACCCUGCCAAACCGGCUCGGCUACACAGCUUCGGUGACGCACUACAUAAACGAUUCGAGCAUCUUGGCGAGCUCCAAGACCUGGAGGCUGCGAUAUCGACGAGUCGCCGCGCUAUCGAGCUCACGCCUGAUGGACACCCUGAAAAACCGGCUUUAUUGAACAGCCUUGGUAACGUUUUUCAGCACCGGUUCGAGCGUCUUGGCGAGCUCCAAGACCUGGAGGCUGCGAUAUCGCUGCGUCACCGCGCCGUCGAGCUCACACCCGACGGUCACCCUGCCAGACCGGCUCGGCUACAUACAUCAACAAACCAGCAAUCCCAUACAGGUUCUUCAAGUUGCAAGAGCCCCAAGAGCCCCAAGAAGUCUAAGAAACCUAAGCGACGGAAAGAACUUCCAGGGUCCGGCCUGGGCGGGUCCGGCGACCGCCGAGGUAAUUCUCGCACCGCCGCCCUGCCGCCGCCCAUGAUUUUGUCGUAG